AUGCCGAAAUCAAGGUCGACGGAAGACGCAGGAAAUGCGGCAGUAAACCCUGCGAAGACUGAGGCAAACUCACUCGGUGAGGUUCCAGAUGCAAGUGAUGUUGACCCAGCGAUUCAAUCAGAGCGACGACGGAGAAUUGCUAUCGCCCAAGACGAAGAGCUAAAAUGGCUAAAUCUGAAAACGGUUUUACGAGGAAACUCCGACAAGCUCAAAUAUAGAGCUGCCCGAGAUGCGUGUAAGAUCGCGGAACGAUUUCUCUUGACUGACGACAAUGUGUUGUAUUAUAUGAACUCGACUCCGCGGGACCAACAAGACAACCAAGAUGAACUGAGACUGCUACUGGUAGUCCCUACUACGAUGAUCCAAGAGGUUCUUCAAAACAACCACGACUCAUUGGAAGGUGGACACCAAGGCGUAGUGAGGACAUAUCAACGAGUGAAGCAAGAUUAUUGUUGGUUUGGCCUUUACGCAGAUGUUGAAAAACACGUGAAAUCGUGA